GUCUCAGCAUGAGAUCCCACCGACCUCAGCACUGGUGUGGGAUAACCGCCAAAACGGGCACCGUGUUAUCAGGGGUCUUUACCAUCGUGGCCACCGACAUGUACCUCACCUUCGAACAGAAGCACUUAAAGGGGAGCGAUUGCGCUGAGCUGAAGGGACGGGCCAAGAGUGUAAAUAUGCUGAUAAAUCAGUUCAUCACCUGCUGGAGUUGGAAUAUUGUCCUCUUCCUGUCUUCCAUCACCAUCAUCAUCAGCUGCUUGCACCUGUACUCCGUAUAUGCCCGGAUGUACACGGGCUUGAUGAUCUACAUCGCCUGGAUUCCUUCCUAUGAAAUUGCCAACAUUGUAAUACAAGUCCUCACCAACAAAGAGUCUCUCAUCGGAGAGGUCAGGUUCAUGCGCUGGUUUGGCUUGGUGUCCCGUAUAUUCAUGCACUGUUUCUGGAUAUUCUUUGUCGUCACCUAUGCCCACACAAUCUACAAAAAUGAAGGCCAGGGCAAUAUAGUUCCAUACAACAGAUAUAUUUCUACAGGCAGAGGAGAGUUCCCAUGGCAGAAAUCAAAGAUAGUCAACUUUUCCCGCCACUAUAGUGAAUAACGUUGGCCCUUUUCUCUCCCGUGAGAGGCAGAUCCCCCAGGUUCUCAUGGCAGUUCUGU